CUUCUUUUCUUUUCCACCCUUUUUCUUUUUUCUAGAUAAAAACUAUAAACUAACUGUUAAUGGAGUCUUAAUUUAUUAAAAUUAAUUUCCUUUUUUAACCCUCUCUUUUUAAACCAAUACCUUUCAAUUUAAGGAAUUAAAUACCCUAAUUGUCUUUCUUCAAUCUGAAUAGAUUUUUAUAAAAGGAGAAGGAAGAGAGACAAAAACACCAAAAAGCAGAAAUCUUUGUUCCAUUUCUCCAAUUUUCCCCUUCAGAAAGCAAAUCAAGCAUGGAAUUCAAUACCCAACCUAUGGAAAUUGGGUCACCUUCAAGUCAAAGGAAGUUAGGAAGAGGAAAGAUCGAGAUCAAGCGGAUCGAAAAUACUACAAAUCGUCAAGUUACUUUCUGUAAGAGAAGGAAUGGAUUGCUGAAAAAGGCUUACGAAUUAUCAGUUUUGUGUGAUGCUGAGGUUGCUCUUAUUGUGUUUUCUAGCCGUGGCCGGCUCUAUGAGUAUGCCAAUCAAAGCCACAGUGUGAAGGGCACUAUUGAUAGGUACAAGAAAGCUUACUCUGAUCAGUCUGGUGCUGGCUCUGUUGCUGAAGCCAACGCUCAGUACUAUCAGCAAGAGUCUAUGAAGCUGCGAAAGAACAUCUGCUCAUUAAACGAUAGCAACAAGGCGCUUUCCAGGCAUAUGAUGGGUGAAGGGUUGACCGAAUUGAAGCCGAAAGAGCUGAAGAAUUUGGAGGCUAAACUUGAGCGUAGCAUUAGCAGAAUCAGAUCAAAAAAGAAUGAGCUGCUCUUUGCUGAAAUUGAAUUCAUGCAGAAAAGGGAGAUUGAACUGCACAAUAAUAACCAGUUCCUGCAAGCGAGGAUAUCUGAGAAUGAAAGAGCUGAGCAAAGCAUGAGCUUAAUGCCUGGUGCAAAUGAAUAUGAAUUUGUUUCAUCCCAAUCAUAUGAUUCCCGAAAUUACUUCCAAGCUCUUCAACCCAACACUCACUAUCAGCGUCAAGACCACACUCCACUCCAAUUAGUCUAAGUAAAAUCCAGAGGAAGGAGCAAAGCGACCUAAUGAAAUGGCUAAUGUAUUAUGUAUGGUCUAUUCUUCUGUCAUCAAUUUUAGCAUUCAGUUUUAAGGAAAAACAAAAACCAUGUAAUUGUCAGUAUGUGUGUGCAGUGUGAUUGCAUCACUAUAUGUGCAACCUUAACAUGGAUAUUUUAAUUUCUGUCAUCCUGUGUGGACUAUUUUACUUUUAUUUAUGAAAAUUUUCAAUUCUUAAGUA